AUGAGGCCACUUCAUAAUGAUGAUUUCAGGGUAUUGAAAGAUGAACCAGAAAAUACCAUCUUACAAAGAGAAGAGGAAACAGAAGAGAAUGAAACUGAUAAUGAGCCAGUGUCUACUCGAGAUUAUGAGGCUGAUGAAGAAGAGUCAGAGGAUUAUGGGGAAGAAAGCGGUGGAUGGCAAGAAAGAUUUAGUGAAGAAGACUUCAACAAUAAUAGGAUUGACCUUACAACAGGUGUUCAAGAGUGGCCUGAUGGCUCCAUCUAUAAAGGAGAAUUUGGAUUUGAUCUAAAACUUGGAUAUGGAGAAUUUGUAUGGAAUAGUGGUGAGAGAUAUGUGGGCCAAUUUUAUAAAGACCAUCGUCAUGGCAAAGGUGUUUACUUUUGGCCUGAUGGCUCAAAAUUCACUGGGUCAUUUUAUCUUAGCCAUAAAGAAGGCUAUGGGACCAUGGAAUUUAAAGAUGGAAGAAUAUAUCAGGGGCUUUACAAGGCUGAUGAGCGAUUUGGUCCAGGGAUUGAAAGCCAUCCAGAUGAUAGUCAAGAUGUUGGCUUGUGGCAUCGAAAUCAUUUAAUUAAAUUGUGUACUGAAAUUCCUAAGCAUUUUUCUCUUCUGGAGUUCCCAGAACUCAACGUUUAUUUUGAGGCUGAAGACAAUAAACAAUAUAUUUCUGAAGAGAACAGUACAGUGUGGAACCUGAACGAGGAGAAGGAUCCAUUUUUCUACUGCUACAAAAGUCUUCUCUUAAAUGAUGACACCUACACAUUGCCUGAAAAGAUGUACAUAUACUCAAUUGAUACAGAUCAUCUUCCUCUUACUCGCACCUUCCAGAAAGAGUUUGAUUCCCAUUAUUUUAAGAGAAAUAAACGAUUGCCUUAUGAAAAACUGUGGCCAGUUACCAAUAUAACCCCUUUAAUGGUCAAAAUGCAGAAACACGUCUAUAAAUAUAGGCACUGUCAGGCAGACAUUGACUGGGAUAUUAAUUUCAUUCUCGAAGGCCAUCGGAUUGGUUUUGGACUCAAAGGUCCCAAAGAACUUGCAUCUGAACAGCUGAUUGAGAAGUCAGCAGAAGGAGACUAUCACAGAGUGUACACGAUCCUGAAGGACAGCCUGGCUCACCCAGACAUAGCCGAUGUACAUGGCUAUACGGCUCUUGCUGCUGCUGCUAUGAAUUACCAUGAUGAUAUCAUCAAUCUUCUUCUUGAUAAUGGGGCUGAUGUGAAUAAAUGCAGUGAUGAAGGAUUAUCAGCUCUAUCUAUGUGCAUUAUUCGUUAUUUCCCUGCAGAAUCAUUUCAGCCCAAUAUUGCUGAAAGGAGUAUUUCUAGAAGAGAGGAACCAGAAGAAACAGGUUCAGGGACACUGUCAGAGGCUUCUCAACUUACCGUGGACGCUGCAGAACACAGAGAAUCCCUGAUCUCUGCCCCUGCAUCCACAGGAGGAGUAGCAGUCUCUGCUGAUAAGACAAAUUCUGGCACAGAGACUGUGGCAAAGUCAUCAGAAGAUAGGGGGUCUCGAGCUGGAGAAAAGAGGACCGCAUGCAGCACUGAGACCCAUUAUGGUGUUUACAACUUUAAGAUGACUGUUUCUAGAGAAAUGUUGCAGCACGGCGCAGCUGUUCUCAGCCAACACAUGUUGGACAUACCCUACACCCCUGAUGUUGAGGAGAUUCACAAUGAAGGCCCACUAAGAAGGAUGGCAAUAUCCAUAACAGAGAACAAAAAGAGAUUGGCUACAAUCAAACUGCUCCUAAAGAGAGGCGCAGAUCCCAAUAUAAGCUGCAACCCGAUGCACGUCCUUUUCUUUGCUGUGAAAUCUGCAGAUGUGAAAGUAGUGAAGUUACUUUUAGAAGCUGGAGCAAGGACAGAUAUAAAACUUCCAGCCAGACUUGGUGGUGUAGCUCCUCUUCAUAUUGCUGCUGCCCUUACUGGUGAAGAAGGGGUUAAAAUAACAGAAUUGCUUCUUCAUUCAGUAACAGACCCUGAUGUUAGGGCAGAAGAUGCGGAUGACACAUACAGACAAGACAAAGCUGGCCUCUCUAAGGCUGAGCCUCUUGAAGCAUUAUCAAUGAUGAAACUGUAUAAUGAAACUGGACCACCCAAAGGCUUUUACACAGAAUGUACCAUUACCCCAGAGGAAGGUGGGAGGACACCCCUUCAUAUUGCGUGUGAGAGGGAGGAUAGCCAUAAGAACGCAAGUGAUGUUGUUCACCUUCUUUUAAAUCACAAUGCAAAUCCAAAUGUCCUCUGGAGUGGCCAUUCCCCUCUUUCACUGGCCAUUGCUAAUGGAAAUGAUCUGGCUGUGGCUGAGCUUUUGGCUGCAGGAACUGACCCAAAUCUCCCAUUAGGCCAAGCUGUUGGAAAUGCCCUGUGUGCUGUGGUUAACCCUGUGUACGACCAGAACAGGAUAUUGGCAAAUAAGAUUUCUUUGAUUAAUAUGUUAAUAGCUGGAGGUGCAGACAUGUUGAUGCCCAUAACCAUUGGGGAUGACACUAAAACUGCAGUGGGAACAGUAGUGGACUACGCAUACUUCAAAUUCUAUCAGGACAAGAGACUGACACGUACCCCAUUCCAUGCUCUGUCACCAACUGAGCGGGAGACCUACAAUAACCGCAGAAAGUUGCUGGAGUACCUUAGUGACCGGCUUCGUGAAUGUGUCAUCGCAAGAGAAAAACAGUGGGAUAGGGAAGAACUUCGAAGGCUCAAACUUUCGGCAAAAAAGAAAUCAGCAGGAUCUGCAGGAGUGAUACAUGAAACUGAUGCAGUAUGUCCUUUCUUUAAAUAUUGCUCUCAGUGUGGGCGAUCUGUAGGUGUGAACCUCACACCUUGCACACGCUGUUAUGAGAACUUUGCCUGCAGCAAGUCUUGUAAAGUGAAAGCAUGGAAUGAGCGUCAUAAACGAGAAUGUUUGCUAUCAGUAAGGCGAAAGGUCCGGUCCAAAGUCAAAGCAGCUCCCAUUGAAAAGCGAAAGCAGGGAAAAGAAGGCAAAGAUGGAGUAGCCAAAGCUGGAAGAGCCAAACCUGAAAAAGAGAAAGUGAAAAAGAAACCAAAAGACGACAAGAUGAUUAAAGUUUCUGGCGAAAUCAGUAAUCAAGCAGAUCUCCCUUACACAGGGAACUAUAGUUACAUUUGAA